AAAAAAAGAAAGUUAAAUGAAGAGAAAAGGAUCUGGAAUCGAAUUUCGCACAAAAAAAAAAAAUGGUAAUAAAAUAAAAACUGUAAAAUAAGACCAUUCACCUUUUAUGCCCUAAUUGAUUCCGGAAGGAUCCAAUUGCGCCGCCCGCGCGUGAGAAAUACAAAAACUGAUUGAGAGCUGAAGAAUUCCCGCUCCCAUCAACUCUGCUGCUGUGUUCCACGUCUAAAAAAAAAGGUUAAUUUGUCUCUUUUAGUAUGUCUCUCCAUGGAUUUGGAACAAACGAACUCGCGGGAUUGAUGAUCGUGCGUUUUUCAAAAAUAAUGCUCACUAUGUGUUUGUUAGAAUGUCCAUCUGAAACCAAGGGCAAAAUGCACAUAGGUUUUGCAUGUUUUAAUACAUCCCAAGAACUUCUCUGUUCACCUUUGGUUUUGGGUAUAUGAUGCUUUGGUUUUAUAUGCUCUGUAUUGCUCGGUGCUCACACACACUCUCUCUCGCUCUACAUGAACUUGUCAUAAUUUUGUGUGUUGGGAUUUGUUUUUUUUUUUUUUAAUUUUUUUAAUAAAUUAUAGAUAUGAAGUAUUUGAAGCCAAUUCAACUGUUCCAAGAACUUCUCAAGACCAAUCAACACAAGACAAACCGUUUACUUGGUUUAGAUGUUGGGGAUAAAUAUGUUGGAUUGGCCAUUUCAGAUGUUCACAACAAGGUCGCAUCCCCAUCUAGUGUCCUGGUACGGAAGAAAGAUAACAUUGACUUGAUGGCCGGUGAUUUCCAGCUUUUGAUCUCUAGACUUUCCUUGAUGGGCUUUGUAGUUGGUUACCCCUUCAAUAAGCAGAAAAACAGCGCAGACGCUGUGCAAGUGAACCUUUUCAUCAAUGAUCUUUGUGCUACAGGGAAACUUGAAGGUGUGAAUUAUACUAUCUGGGAAGAAUGUUUCUCCUCAAAGAGUAUGGGAUUUGUGUUGAACCCAUUGGAUUUGCACCAUGUACAUAAGAAGACAGCCAUGGACAAAUUCGCUGCUGUUGCAAUACUACAGGGAUAUUUGGAUUUUGUAAACCGAAUACAGAGUUCAGAUUCGUCUGAGGCAUCCUCGGAAUAGAGGUCAUACUUUGCCAAGCAACACUUCCUUUUAAACCAAUGAAUAUCUCUAUUCUUAUUGCAGGCUUGAGAGCAGACUCUGCUUCUACCUUUGGUCCUAGCGCCGGAGGUGUCGGGCUGUGCAAGUAUCUUUUCAUCUGGAGUAGAAGGAAUGCUUCUGUGAUGUUCAUACUCCUACUAACCUCGAUUCUCUCUAAAAUGUAGUAAUAACAUCUAGCAUUAAGAGUUUCCCUAGAGUAUUCCAUCAUCCACUGUAAAAAAAAAACUUUGUUGGUCGUUCAGAACAUCUGCAACACAGUUUUACCUCUUUUGAGUUUUGAAUAUUCAUUCCCUCUUAGACUUUCCCUGCAAUAGCUGUAUGGCUUUUGCUCCCUUUUUUUUUUUUUUGAAUAGAACACACCAUAUAUUAAGAAAUCAGACAGGAACAUGUACAUGGUUGGUUAGCUGCUUAGCUAACCGAUCUACUCUUUCUAUCUUAUCUCUAGGAACCUUAAUAACAUUACAAGGACUAAACAUAUCCAUCAUACUAAUAAUAUCAC